AGGGCGAUUGUCUCGAUUCCUUAGCAUGUAAAGUGUCUAUUUCCACGUCCACAGUUGGAGGCCCGUGAAGUUUAAUUUUUGAGGACAGAUAUUCAAAUGUCGUUCGGAAUGGCCAAUAUUAAGGUGAAUCCCGUUGGGAUAAUAUUCCUUGUCGUGCUAGGAGGAGGAACAUUACUACUGAUCAAAAAUUCUUUUUAUGGGAAGGAUAAAAACAGCGAUGUAUCCAAGCAAGGUGAACUGAUCAGCAUGAAGCAGCUCCUGGUCGCCAGCAUCCAGCUCGCCGAGCGCGGCGGCAAGGUGGUGAAGGAGAUUCGCGAUGCGCACAAGCUGAACGAAGCCAGCAAAGGGAAAACAUUGGAAGGAGCCAAUAAUCCUGUAACAGACGGAGAUAUGAAGUCACAUGAAGCAAUUUUAUCUGGAUUCCAGAAGUCAUUUCCUUCAGUUUAUGUCGUGUCGGAAGAACAUGAAGAUAAAACAUUUGAUUUGGAUAAAGUCGAGGCCGUGUCCAAAGACCUACCUCAAGUGUCUAACAUCAUUCAAUCGGAUGAGAAGAUCCCUAAUAGUGAUAUCACAGUGUGGGUAGAUCCCUUAGAUGCGACACAAGAAUAUACAGAGGACUUGCUGGAAUAUGUCACAACAAUGGUGUGUGUAGCAGUGAAAGGAGUGCCCACAAUUGGAGUUAUACAUAAACCAUUCCUUGAUAAAGGUCCCAAGACAUCUUGGGCAUGGGUAGGUAAAGGUCAUGCAGAGCAUCUGAAGGAGGUCAAACAUCAUCUCGACGCCUUGGAGAAUCCUCGAAUCAUCGUGUCAAGGAGUCACUCUGGCAAGGUUGAAGAAGUCUCCAAGAAGACCUUUGGUGAGAGUACUAAGGUCAAACCAGCUGGAGGAGCAGGCUUCAAAGUGAUGUCCCUCCUUGAAGAUGAAUCUGACAUCUACAUCCAUGUGACGCUCAUCAAAAAGUGGGAUAUCUGCGCAGGCAAUGCCAUCCUGACGGAGAUGAAAUCUAAGAUGACUACGUUGAAAGGAGAUACGAUAAAAUACGACAGGACGGAUGACGUCAAGAACCCUGACGGCCUCCUAGCCACGGUCUGGGACCACAACGUCUUUCUGGCAAAGCUUCAGCCGGUUUAUGAAGACCUAAAGGCAGAACAGAAACCAAAGCAAUAACGUUUGCAAUGAUAGACCCAUCGAGUAGAAGUCAUAUUUUUGUGUCUAAAUUAAAAUUUAUUGUGCUGACUGUGAGAUCAAUGCAAUUUUAUGUGACAGUGAGAAGCGUGAAGCACUACACUCCCAACAUAACUUCAAGUUGAUAUAAAUGAAUAGCAAUAUUUUCAGCAUUGACAAUUUGAGCUAAACCUGAUUGUAAAGUAUGGGGGCAUCGUGGUCUAGUGGUUAAGACUCUCGUCUUUCAAUCUGAGGGACUUGGGUUCGAUUCCGAGCCAUGGCGUGUUUUAAACAGCAAGAAAUUUACCCACAUUGUGCUGCACUCAACCCAGGUGAGGUAAAUGGGUACUGGCAGGAAGUAAUUCCUCAAAAAGCUGCUUACUGGGGUAAUAUACAUGUAGGAGCGCUUUGAGCACCUAGCAGGAUUGAUACGUGCGCUAUACAAAUCCUACAUUAUUAUUCAUAUUAUUAAGCGUUUUUAAUAUUGCAUUUCUAUUUUCUAACUGUCAUUUAGUUUCACAAAUCAGAAAUAGAAAAAGUGAGGAGUGUGUGGCUUCUUCAGCUUCUUUACAUCAGAUUUGUUUGAUAUAUUGUCUUUUGCUGAUAUUAUUUCCUCUAAUCAUAUAUAUCAACUUAUUGUUGGGGUGAAUUUUCAAACAACUUGUUUUUAGUGCAGGUCCCUAUGGUAACGAUAUAGCCUCAUGAUAUAUAUGUUCUUCAGUCAAUUAAACCACUGAACAUGAUUUUAAAAAUUAGAUAUACAAAUUUAUAAUCAAGUAUGGUGGUGCUGCCAUCAUUGUUCAGUACUCUGACACAUUAAAACUUGUUAUUAUUGACUAGUUAAGUGUUUCUGUUACAAGCCACUGAAAUCGGUAUCUGUUUACUGAGAGCCCACUGUCGUUUUUGAUGAUAACAAGCUUUAUACAUUGCUACUCAUUGGUUUUUAGGCUGUGAAAUACAUUCUCCUAUUUACCUAUUCAAAAUGUGAGACUGUGCAUUGAUUCAUAGGGGCUGCUUCAUAAAAUUGUGAGUCCGUUCAACAUUUUGCAACAGACUGUUUUAUGAAACUCUACUUUGUCAAAAUUAUACACUGCAUUUGCUAACAUCAAAGAGUACAGAUAUCGAUCUAUGUUAUUAUGGUUCAUAAAUAUAUAUUUAUUCCUGAAAAGAAAAGAAAAUAUAUAUGUAUAUUUUAGAGGGGGCAACAACUUAUGGUCAGGAAAUCAUUUUGGCUCUUUUUUGUGUACUUUGUAAUCUAGUCCCUAUUAAAGUCAUUUACACAAAGCUUUUAGAAGGCUCCAGAUAUUAUUAGGAUGAUGAAAUAUAAAAAUCAAUUUUUCAUUUUUGCCAUAAUCGUCUUCUUCAAUUAUUUGGAGGAUCAUGUAUGUAGGACCUGCAUAGUAGCGUUACCCUGCAAUUCUAUAUGCAAUACUGAAAAUAUUUCAUAUCAAUAAAGUUGGAAGUCACUAUAUGCUAUAAGUUGGUCAUUUUAAUAUGGAAACAUGAUUUUAUCAUCCAACUUGCACUAAACUCGUGUUAUUGAAUCAUUGGAAUCCUCUUGAUUUAUAUGUAAUGCUAAUUGUUCAAAACUUUUUUUUAUAAAAAGAAAGGUGAAGUUGAAUGGCAUAUGUUUUUCUUAUUAUAAUAUCUUUAUCAGGUGACAUAAUAUUUGUUCCAACGACGAUUGCUCCGGUCUUUAUUUUGUCUCAGAUAUAGGGUUAGGUUUUGAAUAGGGUAUGCUAAGUUUACCAUUUAAUUUAGCGUUCGCUUAAGGUUAGGAUAUAGUGUUAAACAGGCGUUGAAGUUGGUUGUUCCAUCAGUGGGUGGAAUUUUUAGCAAGCAAUUGUCGCCGGAUCAAAUGUCAUGGAACCUAACGAUGUCAGGCCAUAGUGCAUAAACAAAGCAGCUGGGGAAAAGGGGCAUUGUGUGAGUGAUUGAUAGAGACCAACCAUAGACCAAUGGGGUCUCCUCAUCAGAAAAUUUAGUGUAGAAUAUAUAUUAUAUGGUAGCUGGGUUUAGGUAUUCAUUAGAAGAUAUUUGAAUUUAGAAUCAAAUAUUUUUUUCCAUUACUAUUGGUGUUUUUGGUGAGGUGUUGAUGUUUGAUAACGUUAUAAAACUGAGGGAAUUUGUUUCCUUGGUUACCUUACAAACUUUGAAUCUAUAGCCAGUUUUUCAAAGUACGAACUCAUUUCGAUGUUGUUACCAAAACUAGCAUUUACCUUUAAAGGAUAUACUUCCUGCUGUUAAACAUUUACCUCACCUGGGUUGAGUACAACACAUUGUGGGUAGAUUUCUUGCCGAAGGAAAACACGCAAUGGCUCGGAUACAAACCCAUGACCUGUCUAGAGAACUAGGCCACAAUGCUAUAUACUGGUUAGCAGUUCAAAUCAAAUUAUCAUGUGAUAUCUUAAUUCUACAGUACUGCCGCAAAAAUAAACCAUGGAAUAUAACAUGGGCUCGAAGAUAAUAAGCACCAAUGUGUAAAGGAAAUUAUUCAAGAAUAUCCUCUACCUUGAUUUGCUUGUAAAAACACUUUUUUUUCCUUGGCGAUUCUUCACUGCGUAUCAUGAUUAUAAAAGAUAGAAAAAGUCAAAAUUUAUGUAUGAAGGACAUGUACAUGUAUACAGGUUCCUAAAAAAUAGCUCUAUUCAUUGGAGUUAGAUUUGCUGAAAUGUGCCUUUAUGAUUGAAAGUAUUUUCAUGUGAGAAACAAGAUUAUAUUGCAGAAUAGAAGAUAUUGAAUUCUUACAUGCUUAUGUAGAUUUGUGUAAUACCUUGGUAUAGUGUGUACAAGUGUGUUUUUUUUUUAAAUCUAUUUCUUGAGUAAGCACUGUAAGAAUUAUUUACUUUUAGUUCUAAUUAGUAGUCAUUCAAGGUAAUUUUUGCUCCAGAAGGAUAAGUAUACUUUUUUUCCUCCCCAUUUUUUCAGGGGGGGGAGUUAAGAUUGUGUUUCAAUUUUUUAAAUUAAACUUAACAUGUGUAAAUAGUUUAUUGGCUAGAUGGCCUUUUAAGGUCAAUUUUGGAAGGACAUUUAUAGAUAAAAUUUCCUUUUGAGCUGUCAUCUGUGCAAGUUUUUCUCCAUUUUAGGGUUGCUAUUAGUCAUAUUAUGAUGUCACUUCCUCGGUCAAGACCUUUGUUUCUUAUCUAUGUCAGUAUAUGUAUAUAUAUCUGGUCAAGAAGAAUAACCACGCGUCACCUGAGGGAGAAAGAGUUUGUUUAAUAUUAAACACAAGUCCAAACCAUGUACACCUCAGAUUGGUUAUAAAUCGAGGUGUGUUUGAUGUUUGGAAUUGUGUUUAAUUGCAGCUCUUUGUGCAAAAGGUCCAAGGGGAGGGAUUUAUGUACUCGUGUAUUGUAAGGUGUUGUUCAGUCAUAACUGUCUUUUUUAAUCGCUUUAAAGUGAUUGGUUGAAAUUCUUGUAUUUUACUGAGUGCAAGAUUGUCAGUGAAAAAUCACAACUUUGUUGUGAAAUGUCCUGUGAUAUCCUGUAACAUCUCUUAGGAGGUGUUGCAAGAACAAUCAAUUGUAAAUAUUCUGUCGCAAGUUUUCAGUCAAUUUUAGCUGCAUCAGAUCAGACAACACUUCUUGUUUCAACAAGCAGGUUAGCAAUCAAUUUGCAGUUAAUUGCAAGACAUGUGAUUGAUUUAGGGACCGAAAAUACCCUUGCAUUUGAUCACAUGUUUCUUGCAGCACCACAUUAGUGUUUACAUGUAUCUUGUUAAAUGUGAAAGAUGAUAUAGUCAGAAUAUAUAAUGAAACAGACUCCAUUUUAUAUUGAUGAUGAUCGACAAUCUUGUGUAGGGAGAUAUAAUA